AUGACUAAUCACACAGAGAUAUUAUCAUUUGUGUCCAAGCAUGAAUUGAGCAGAGUUAUUCAAGCAUUGAAAAUCGCAGACUGUGUCGCCCUGCAAAUUGACAAAUCUGUUGAUAAAUACAACGCUGACAGUCUGUUUGUUACUGCCCGAUACAUGGACUACACUAAUUUUGAGAUGAAAGCUAGUUUUCUUGGCAAAUGCCACAGUGAGUUAAGAGGAGUAAUUGGGAUGGUCGAUGUUUUGCAGAAACGUUUCCAGUAUCUUGAAAUUGAAGAUGUCAUUAAAGCAAAGAUGUGCAUAGCUCACAAAUCUGACCUGGCUUUUGAAAGCGUUGAAAACGUGGUUCCGGAGUUUCGUCAUUGGUUAACAGAUGUAAAAAAUGUCGCUACUUAUUUUCGUGGAUCAAGCUACCGACAAGAAAACCUGCAUGAAAUUGCUGCAAGUUUGGGUGAGACUGCUAAACAUUUUCCACGGCAUCAUGAAGUUCGUUUUGCGGAACACCUUGCCAAUGUUGUACUUGCAGUUCUGUCUAAUCAUCAGAUGAUGUACGCUCACUGGAAACAGUUGUACAACAAGGUGAAAAUAAUGAAAAACAAAGCAAGAGGUUUUCUGAAGGAUUGGUCCCAAACUUCAUUCAACUUAAACAUGAGUGCUGUUGCUUUGGAUAUCUUGCGACAGUUCACUUAUUUACAAAAAGAAGCUCAACGCACGUUUGUUACCUUGGCUGAUUUGAUGCAAAAACGCGACCACGUACUUCAGCGUCUUUCCAUGAUAGUAAACAGUCCAUAUCCUGGGGGAUAUGAAGGAAAAAAUUUUGAAGCAGUGCGUCUUGAGGUAAUCACAUGUGCAAAAAACUUCCUUGAGAGAAGGUUGGAUGUCGAUCAGGAUUUACAAGUAAAGGCAAUGAUAGAUGUUGCCAAUGCUGAAAAUGCUGAAGCAAUAAUCAAAGCCGGUCGGCAAAUUGUAUCAGAUAUUUUUGGUGAUAAUUAUGUUUCAGAAUUUGUAGAUGAUGCUGUUGGUUACUAUUCAUCAUUUGAUGCUUCAUCUUUUAAGCCGCAUGAAAGCAAUACUGCCAAGUUGUACUUAUUGCUACAAAAAACAACACCGUCGUCUCUUUUAAACAAGCUGGUUCAAACAUUUUUUAUAACUUGCCCUCACAGCAUGAUCACGGAACUGGUAAUUUCAUGGCAUACAGAAUUAAAAAGCGACCUUCGAUCAUCUAUGUCGAGAAAUACUGUGAAUGACCGAUUAUGCAUUGCUUUAAAUGCUAUAGGUACCGCAAAUUUUGAUCCUCGGCCAGUGGUGGCUGAUUUUCUUUCUUCAAAAACGAGACGAUCGACUCUACCAGAUGAUGAACUUUACCGAAACAGGGAAUUUGUAAAAAAGUUUUUUAACACUGAAAAUAACUUGUGA